CGCGAAGAACAGCAUCGAAGGCAAGAUCUUCAGACCAUCUCGUCGGAUUCUUCGAAGAAGACGACUUUGAGAUUCAUCGUAUCUCCGGCGUCUCGUUCUCUCGGAGAAUCAUUUCCAGUAUUUCCUGUGCUGGAUUGAAGUUUCAAUUGGAUGACAUUGUUGCUGGUCACCUUAGCUGCGUUCAGGACAUGGCAAACCGGAAUGAUGCCAUCUUGCGCUGUUCGGUUGGUAAAAAGUCUAACGAUGGCAUGAGGAUUAUCUUAACGACAUUCGUAGGCUUAGCGGUUGGAUUUUUCUUGGGCAUUUCUUUACCGACAUUGUCACUAACAAAGUUAAAUUUUCCAUCCAGCAUCCUUCCUUCAGUUGAUGUUGCAUAUGUCGAUGACGAAACUCCAUAUACAUCGACUGAAAUGCUUCUAAACACGCAAGUGUCUAGGAAUUCAACACAAGGGCAAAACUCAAGUGUCAAACCGAAUUGGAAGAUUUGGGUUCCAUCAAAUCCCCGUGGUGCAGAGAUGCUCGCUCCGGGUAUCGUUGCAGCUGAAACAGAUUUCAACUUACGCAGGUUAUGGGGUUUACCCGAGGAGGAUUUCACUGUCAGACCGAAGUAUCUCGUGGCAUUCACAGUUGGUUACGACCAGAGACAGAACAUCGAUGCAUGUGUAAAGAAGUUUUCAGAAAACUUCACUAUCGUACUAUUCCAUUACGAUGGGCGUGUUUCCGAAUGGGAAGAAUUCGAAUGGUCUAAACGAGCAAUACACGUGAGCGUGCGGAAGCAGACCAAGUGGUGGUACGCCAAAAGAUUUCUGCAUCCCGACAUUGUCGCUUCAUACGAUUACAUAUUCAUAUGGGAUGAAGAUCUCGGGGUUGAGAAUUUCGAUUCAGAAAAAUACAUCAAACUUAUCAAGAAACACGGUUUAGAGAUAUCGCAGCCAGCGGUAGAAUCCAAGAAGAAGAUAACAUGGGAGAUAACGAAAAGAAAACCCAAAGGCGAAGUUCACAAAGAAGCAAAGGAGAAACCAGGCCGAUGCAACAGUCCCCAUCUGCCUCCAUGUGCCGGCUUUAUAGAAAUCAUGGCUCCUGUUUUCUCAAGAACAGCAUGGCGGUGUGUGUGGUAUAUGAUUCAGAACGACUUGGUUCAUGGUUGGGGCCUUGAUUUCGCUCUCAGAAAAUGCGUAGAGCCUGCUCAUGAGAAGAUAGGAGUUGUGGAUUCUCAAUGGAUCAUUCACCAGACUGUUCCCUCUUUAGGCACCCAGGGGGAAGCACAAGACGGGAAAGCAGCGUGGCAAGGGGUUAGGGACAGAUGUAAGAGGGAAUGGACGGUGUUCCAGAAGCGGAUGGCUGCAGCCGAAAGGCGGUAUCUGAAAACAAUGGCAACCUCUUCGUCUCUUCCAAACUCUACCCUUCAUUAAUGGACCAUGGGAAUAUGAAGUGAGGUUAUUAUUAUCCAGAAAUCUAUCAGAGAAGGUGAUGCAUAUUGAAUAUACAUAUAGCACUGAUUCAUUCAAUGUAUUAUACAUUAGAGGAAAGCUUGAUUUGUUCUUUACAAAGUUCAGUUAUACAAGUUUUGAUGGUUCGCAAGUUCUUGAGA